AUGGAUUCUCUUACGGGAUUACGGGACAGAUACGCUGCAUGGUAUGAGCAGCAAUCUCCGAGGAAGAAGGCUCUCUUGGUUGUUGGGGGUAUUCUUUGUAUCAUCAUUGGAAUCCUCUUGCUCGUCUUCCAUAAUUUUUUCUUGGAGUUGUUGGUCGGUUUGUCAGACUCGUGGGACCAGCUUCGGUUUGGGAAGGUCAUCCUCUGGACUUUGAUUUUCUUCGUUGGAUUUCCCCCGCUUUUGGGGUUUACUCCCCUUGCGAUGCUUUGUGGUAUGACGUAUGGGUUUCCUUAUGGAUGGCCGUUGUUGGCAUCAGCGUCAGUUUUAGGUUCCCUAGCAUCUUUCCUUGUGUUCCGCCAUAUUCUUCACAAUCAAGCCAAGAAGUUGGUUCAGCUGAGUGAACAGUUUAGAGCAUUUUCAGAAAUCUUGCGAGAAGACGCAUCAUUGUUUUUGCUUAUAUUACUCAGACUUUGCCCUCUUCCAUACUCUCUUUCAAACGGCGCAUUGGCUGCAAUUCCCGAGCUUCCAACCCUCACCUACUUUCUAGCUUCGCUCAUCACUUCCCCUAAGAUGCUUAUACAUGUUUUUGUUGGUCACACCAUGAAGACACUCGCAGACUCCACUCGUUCCACGUCUGCCAAGAUUAUAGACGUCAUAAGUGUCUUGUUGACAGGCUCCUCUCUUCUUUUAGCCAGUUACAUCAUCUACAACAAGAUGCAAAAAAAGGUGAUCUCAUAUCAUCAACAUCCACGCAGCGAUGAAAUGAUAUUUGGCAACUUUAAUGAUGACAUAGAAUCAGGUCAAAAUCUUGAGUUGGCAUCUACUGAUUUUGAUGAUGACAAUUUCAUCAUCACUGAUGAUGAAGAAGCACAUGAUGAGAGAGGUAGUCUAACUCCUUUGGAUACAAGUGGAGACGGUGCGACGAAGUUGGAUAAUGAACUAGAGUCGCAAGAUUUGGAUACGGGUCCCAAAAGGUAUAGAGAUUACUAG